CUUGAAAAAAGCCGUUCGAAUUAAACGGCCUCUGGAGGUCGUUUAAUUCAUUUGACAAUUCAAACUCGCUCUUCGUGCUUCAGAAUGCAUGAUUUCAAGACGCACUCCGUUCAUCUCAACAAUCACCAAUCAUGCCCCCUAAAAGGCAGAACGAGAACGAGAAUCAAGCGUCUGAGGCGACUCAGAAGAAGCAGCGAAACUCCAACAAGCAAUGGGCGACAGAUACCAACAGCGAUGGUGUCUCGGCAGAGGAGCACGUUGCUGUAUGGUUGUCAACCAUUCCUGAGAAUGGAAGGCUCCCCAACUUUCAUAACUGGAAAACUGGUCAUGAGAAGAAGGAUUUUUGGUCGAGAAAGUGUCUACAGUACCUUACUGACAAUGGCUGCGACAGUCGACGCCAGUUUCAAAGUGUUGCUCUCAAAAUCAAUCAAAUUGUCGAGAGCUUCACUAAGGCAUCCCAGAUAGGGACCGGGACUGGUGCUGGGGCGAUGGAGAUCGACGACGAGAGUCUCCUUGCUCAACGAAAGAAGGUUUGCCCCUUCUACGAGAUCCUUUUACCUGUCCUUGGCGACAGGGCCUCCGUCACUGCCCACCACGCCUCUUCGACCCUCCACGCCUCUCUCAAUCGUCCCGACAGAGAUCUCGCUGCCCUCGAUGGUUUGAUAGAGCGCCAAAGGGGCGAAAUGGCUGCUGAUGACUCGGAAGAUGAGUUGUCAGGAGAGGAUGGUGGUCUCUUUGGGGACGGUGCAGGUGAGGCUAGCGAGACCGAGUCAGAGGCAGAUGCUCCAAUCAUUGCAGCUAUCCGCAGGGAGAGCCGCUCUUCGUCUCAACCUGCACGGUCCUCAUCUGUGCUGGGCUCAGUGUCUACACCAAUCCGAGCCCAAACCCAGAGCCAGAGAGCAUCCAUAAGGUCUUCCAAGGCAAAGGCUGUCUCGGCAGAUGACAAGAUGGAUGAGCUGGUCAUGAGGCAGGAGGGCAACGACGAUCGGCGGCAUCAGGAGCUAUUGGCCGUUCAAGAACGGAAAAUCUCCGUGCAGGAGAAACAUCAUGCAGACAUGAUGAAUAUCGCGCAGGAGAAUGUGACGAUAGCACGGGAGAAUGCGGCGACAGAAAAGAUGAAGAUGUUGGCGGAGAGUUGGAACAGGAAGAUGGAGAUGCUGAUGAGGUCUGGGAAAAGUUGGGAGGAGGCGAAAGUUAUGGUGGGGCCUGAGCCUGGAGCUCCCUCUCUAUAAUUAUGAUAUGCAUUCUCAGUCGUCUCUUCCUCUCCCCUGCAGAUAUGAUCAUAGAAGAUCCCUGCGCUCUAUUUCCUGCAUUCGCUCCAUCACCCUCUUUCGCGUGAGAUUCGAAGCAUCUCUUGCAUCACGUGCCUCAUCCUCCUCUUCUUCCCUGUGCCGCUCUAACACCCUCUCCAUCCUUUCUUGCAUCCUUUCGAUGUCGAUGUAAUCAUCAGGUUCAUCAGCGUCACCAUCCAGUCGAUUGUACCAAUCACCUGUGUCAAUGAGCAGAUUGUGCAAUACCACACAGGCCCGGAUCCAGCAUGUCGCAACGCCUUCAUCUCUGACAUUGCGAAUCUUCACGCGAAGGCUCCUAAGACUCUG